AUGGCGGAAGACUCAUCCACCAAAGGCGGCACGCCAGCGUUAUACGGGGGCCUCUACGCCUAUGGCGGUGACAGUGUCAUCGCCUGCGUCGUCGUUUUUGCCGUGUUGUGCACGGUCUUCCUCGCUUUGCGCUUUAUGUCGCACCGAAUCGGCCGCAGGCCUAUAUCUCUUUCGGAUUGGCUCAUGAUCCCAUGUUGGUUCUUGAUCAUCGGUCUCUGUGCCAGUGUGGUUUGCAGCGUCGGCUUGGGCGGCGUUGGUAGACAUGCAGCCUAUGUUGCUCAGUUCAUGCCCAACGGAAUGACGAGAUGGGCCGAGACGCUCCUCGCGACAGAGGUCAUCUACGGGGUCGUCAUCCCGUUGGAGAAGACUUCUAUCCUGCUCCUAUACCUGCGCCUCUUCCACAUCCACCGCUGGUUCCGCGUCACGACCUACGUGUUGAUUGCCUACAUCUGGAUGUGGGCCAGCAGCGAAAUCCUUGUUGCCAUCUUCCAGUGCAGCCCAGUCGCGCUCCAAUGGGACAAGUCGCUCAAAGGCGUCUGCAUCGACCAGCUGCAGUACUACCGCUGGAUCAGCGUCCCGAACGUGAUCCACGACCUGGUCAUGUUGGCCGUGCCGAUGCCCGUGGUCUGGAAGUUGCAGGUCUCCAUUCGUCAGAAGGUCGCACUGAUCUUUGUCUUCCUGGUCGGGUCCAUUGGCUGCGUCGCGUCGUUCAUCCGCCUGUCGAUCUUCUUCAAGACAGAUGCCUUCAGCGACCCUACGUGGGCGUCAAUCCAGCUCAUGUCCUGGACCCUCGCCGAGCCCGGAGUUAUUUUUAUAUGCGCAUGUAUGCCUUCGCUCUGGCCAAUGCUGCCCGAGAUACCCUGUCUCGGAUCGGUCUUCAACCGCUCUGGUAACAGCACGAGCAGUCGCUCUAGGGUGCUAGAGUCGAAGCCUGGGGCGAUCGCUGGCGCAUGGGACGGUCAGCCCCGCGGCCUUGGUCCUCACAACGACAACUUCAUCCCUCUCGACGACGUGGAGGAUCGCGCCGGCACACAUGGGGUAGUCAGCAGUCCAGGCAGACGACAUGAGAUGGUUGAUCACAGCAGUGGCCGUGGAAUAAGCGUAACGAAGGAGUUUUCUUGGGUGUCGGUGAAUGGCCAGCCAUUUCCGCAUGAUUAUGCCAUGAGUGGGCAGCCACUGCCGCACAUGGAUGAUUAUGCCAUGUGGAAUGGACAGCCACUUCCGCAUGGCUAUGCCAUGUAUAGCCCGCCGCUUCCGCUUGAGUAUGGCAUGAAUGGCCAGCCACAUCCACACGAUUAUAGCACAUAG